AACCACUUAUUCAUCCAACUACACGUCAGAUCUAUAAAUUGAGACUCUGCACCUAAGUUGACAUUCAGUAGGUUUCAGGUUAAUCAGUGAAACCUAGCUCAGUUUACCCACUGUAGCAGAAGAGUGAUCCAUCACUAUGAAAAUAUUGUUGUGUCUAGCUCUGGUGGCCGCCUCCUACGCCCUACCCAGCGUAGAGGUGCACCCGCUCUCAGACGAAUUCAUCGACAUCAUCAACAGCAAGCAGUCCACGUGGACUGCUGGAAGGAACUUCCACGUCAACACGUCCUUGGAUUAUAUCCGUGGAUUGUCGGGCGUCAUCAGGACAUCCGUGAAGACUUUGCCCGUCAGGGUUCACGAAGUGGGCGGCAGAGAAACCAUCCCCGAGUCCUUCGACGCCCGCGAACAAUGGUCCGAUUGUGCUGCCAUCAUCGGGGCGAUCAGGGACCAAGGUUCCUGCGGGUCUUGUUGGGCUCUCGGUGCCGUCGAAGCAAUGAGCGACAGAAUCUGCAUCCACUCCAACGGCCAAAAGAAAGUACUCAAAGUACUCGUAUCAGCUCAAGACCUGUUCACAUGCUGCACAACUUGCGGUGUGGGCUGCAAUGGCGGAUUACUCGGACCCGCCUGGAUUUAUUGGGCUGAGAACGGUAUCACCACCGGGGGACUAUACGGAGAGACACAGGGCUGCAAAGCUUAUUCCAUCGAACCGUGCGCUCACCACGUCGACGAUUCCGUCAGGCCGGCAUGUACUGCUUACGUCAACACACCGGCUUGCGUCAGAGAGUGCGAUUCCGACGAACUCAAUUACAAGGAUGAGCUCACCUUCGGUAAAAAGGACAGCAUUUACCAGCUCCCCGACGACGAGACCCAAAUCCAACUGGAGAUAAUGACGAAUGGACCCGUAGAAGCCGCCAUUGAUGUCUACGAGGACUUCUGGUACUACAAGAGCGGUGUAUACCAGAACGUAGCAGGAAAUCCUGUCAGUGCACACGCCAUAAAGAUCCUGGGUUGGGGCGUGGAGAAUGAUACACCCUACUGGUUGGUUGCCAACUCCUGGAACACCGAUUGGGGUGACAACGGAUACUUCAAGAUCCUCCGUGGAUCCGACCACGUAGGAAUCGAAUCCGACGUUGUCGCCGGCCUGCCCCAAUUGUAAAAUAAGUGAUAUAUUUUUUUUAAUUUUAAAACCACAAAUAUAAUAAAGGUUUAAAAAUAUUGUAUGUAAAUA